CACCACUCAUAGGAACCAGUGAAGCCACUGGAACUGUUGCUUCACGUUCCGAAUUUGAACUGGAACUGGAAAAAAAAAAACGCCAUCCACACAUUUGACUGUCAUCGGGAUCUAAGUAGAGUGAGAAGGAAGGAUGUCUACCGACUGGGAGCCCACCUACACUGUGAAGCUUGCUCAGCUCCUGCUGCUCUCCACCUACUGGGGCAUGCAGAUCUGGGUCACGUUCAUAUCAAGCUUUGUGAUGGACAACCACCUGAACAGACAUACCUAUGGGUUCAUUCAGAGCCGCCUGGUCCCCUUCUAUCUUCACCUGGGUUCAGGCUGCGCUUUCUUUAACCUCACCAUCUACGCCAUAUAUCACCCCAGCGACAUGCUGACCGACAGGGAGUCUUUUCAGAUCUUCAUCUUGUUCGUUUCAGUGACGGUGGCAGCGGUCAACGCCCAAUGGUUUGGCCAGAUGACCUCGGAGAUCAUGGCGGACAUGCACCUGAUCGAGCAAUCAUGCGGAUUGGGCCAGGAUAUCGGCCAGUCGUCCAACCGUGAGGCGUACGCCAAGCUGUGCGAGACGGACAUCAAAUACAGACACCUCAGCAGCCGCCUGUGGCUGUAUAGACUGCUGUCCUCCCUGUGUAACCUGUGCUGCAUUGCGUGCAACUUCUGCAGUCUAUCGUACAUGGCGGAGAAUCUGGUUACGUUGUAAAAGGGGCAAGACACGAAAGCUGCUUUCUUUUAAAAGGGGGGUUGGAUAAAAAACAUAUUUUGUAUUUUCACGUCCUAUCAAGGGGGUUUAAUUUCUGUUUUUUUUCCAUAGCCAUGCUAAGGCCAACAGAAGCUGCUCUUCUUUUGAAAGGGCUCCAGGUUGUUACAAAAGGAAUGAAGGCUUGCCGGUCUACCUGUGUCUCACCUUUCACCAGGAAUAUCUUUAUUAAGAAAUCUUAAUCAAGAGGAACUUCUUACUAUCUUAUUCUAUUUGUUUGUGUUCGUGCACCAAUUCCCCCUUGCACUGCACCUUAAAAACAACCGGGGGGGAGUCCUAAACACUCAAAGCACGUGUUUGACUACUAUAUCUCUCGACACAAUGUGGUGGAACAAAGCAGCUUUUUGUCACUGCAGUUUCUCAGUUUUGUUUUCUUCAGUCUUUCGAUGAGUCAAGUGUUUUGUUUAUUGGUGGUGAAUAUGAACCAAUAAUCGAUCUGGUGAUUGGUCUUCAAUUACUAAGAGAAUACUUGUAUUAUGGUUGCUAAUUUACAAGGUACCUUUAUGUUGGUGAAUUGUUUUACCGGAACGUAUAAGCAUCCCUACAUUUCUGGGACCUAUUUUUAUGCACUCCCAGAACAGCUUUUUUUGAUGGGAUGGUUCACAUCUUUUGAUAUCUGUACUUAUUGGUUGUACCACUUUUCAUGUGUUUUUAGGAAAUGGGGAAUUGGUGGGAAUGCAGUGUGAGAAAGCAAGAUGAUCCCAGGUGGAUACCUCAUUGUACGGAAAACACUGGCACCAAAUAACUUUUAGGCAACAGAGGAUUUCUAAAUCUCUUUACUUAUUGCUAUUUAUUUAUUUUAAUUUAAGACUGAA